UGGCGUUCCUUCCAGCCAGUGAGAAAUGGCGGUUUCUCGCCUGGCGUCCCCAGCAGCCAAUCACAGGUGGACGUCUCCGGAAAGGGUGGGACCUCAGUGUUGGGGGUUGCCUGGGCGUGGAGCCGGCCAAAGAUCCCGAAGCUAGCGAGCUCAGAAGCAUGAUUCGCUGGACACUUGUUUUUGCUGUUUAAAUGCUGAUGUAACAAUUACAGUAACUAUCUGAAGGACCCCAGCAAACUCACUUUUCACAGAGGCCCUGGCAGGGGACAUUCUCCAGGGAGACAAGAUGAAUAUCAAAGCAGUCAAAGUUCUGUGUCUGCUGGGGGUCUUUUUCCUCAUGCUGCUUGGGUCCCUCCUGCCCGUCAAGAUAAUAGAAGCGGAUUAUGAGAAAGCUCAUCGCUCCAGGAAGGUCAUUGCCCUCUGCAAUUCCUUCGGAGGAGGGGUCUUCCUGGCCACCUGCUUCAACGCCUUGCUCCCCGCCGUACGAGAAAAGCUUCAAGAAGUUCUCAAGCUUGGGAAGGUGACCACAGACUACCCCCUGGCCGAGACCAUCAUGCUGCUGGGCUUCUUUCUGACUGUCUUUGUGGAGCAGCUCAUCCUGACCUUUCGGAAGGAGAAGCCUUCCUUCAUCGACUUGGAGACCUUCAACGCCGGCUCAGACGUCGGGAGUGACUCAGAAUAUGAGAGCCCCUUCAUAGCAUCUUCCAGAGGGCGCACGCUUUACCAUGAGCACAGCCACCACUCCCACAGCCAUGGCUUGAACGUCCAGGAACUUUCCCAAUCCAGCCCCUUGCGGCUCUUCAGCCUGGUGUUUGCCUUGUCUGCCCACUCCAUCUUUGAGGGCCUGGCCCUGGGCCUCCAGGAGGAAGGAAACAAAGUCAUGAGUCUGUUCUUGGGCGUGGCCAUCCACGAGACGCUGGUGGCUGUGGCACUGGGCAUCAGCAUGGCUAAGAUCUCAUUAACACUGAAGGACGCUGCCAAGCUAGCACUUACGGUGAGUUUGAUGAUUCCUUUGGGCAUUGGGAUCGGCAUGGGCAUCGAGAGUGCCCAGAACGUGGCCAGCAGCGUGGCUUCUGUGCUCUUACAGGGCAUUGCUGCGGGAACUUUCUUGUUCGUCACCUUCUUUGAGAUCCUGGCAAAGGAACUGGAAGAUAAGAAUGAUCGCCUGCUGAAGGUCCUCUUCCUGGUCUUGGGCUACACGGCCUUGGCGUUGCUCGUCUUUUUCAAGUGGUGAAGGCUGGAGCGACGGACAGUAAACCCCGACUCCUCCCCGUUGUAAAUGGUGCCGAGAACAAGACCCCUUUCCAGCCAAGUAGGGACGCAGAGGAACACCACAGUCUGGGGGGUGUUUACGCAUCGACCUGGCAAAGGGAGAAUUGUUCCCUGGGGUGCACAGAAAAUGAGAUUGGGGAGUGUCCAAAAAGAGGUUUCGUGUGGCAUUGGAACAAUGGGUUGGGGAGUUGGUGCAGAGAUUGCUGGAGGUCGUGAUGAAGUAGUUGGCUGUAACAUUGCCUCCGAAGGGACCUUGUCAGCGGUGUGUUCUGCUAUUUGUCUAGAGAUCCCACCCCCCAGCACAGGAUAACCUGUGUCUCCUGCCUUCAGGCUCUGGGCUCCAAGGAGGUGAAAAGUAAUGGAGAAAUCAGACUGAAAGCGGGCUGGGAUAAUGGAGCGUAAGACAGCACUAAGCUGCUUGUACCAGUUUAGUUUUGAGUAGAAACCUGGCUGGUGUUAUUACCUGCCAAAAAUAUCAACUGUUCUGGGAUUCCACAAAUGUCUUUUAGGUGUGAUUUGAGCCAGGAUCCUCUGGUGGCAGAGCGUCCGGUAACCCACAAAAAGUCCAUCGCGUCGGUAUUGUCCCUGAGAGAUUAAUCAAAGAAACAGGCCAGAGUCCUUUUUACCCCCACGGGUCACGUUCCAUCACUGUUGUCUGGCCCUUCAUUGCACAGUCACUGAUGUGAAUCUCUAAGAGUUUGGGUAAUGAUCACUUGGAAAAAUUUAGCCUUAAAACCCAGAAUCCUUUCCAAAGCAUCCAGGGAGCUCUGGCUACAUGGUCUUGAAUUGGUACAAAUGGAUGUUUGCAAUUUCCAGAAUCCAUCGUUUGGUCAUUUCAAUUGUCCGAGGUGGAUUUUGGUUUGUGGGGGGGUCACCCUUGGAUGGAUCUGAAAUGACUCUCCCAAAGCCACGUCUUCUUUGUGCUAACGUGUUUGCUUCUCUCUUAUACCGGCACGUCUCUUGGACUGACGAGGACCAACUGAUGGUGUCUGGCAACCAAUAUUUUAAUUGCUACAGAACACCAGAGUUAAUUAAUCUUACUUGGAAGAAAUGGGGAGGGGCUAAUUUUAGGCCUCAGAUGACCCCAGUUAGCAAGGGCCAAUUAAAAUUCAGUUUGGCUUGAUGUGCCAAUUUGGUUCCCAAAUACAGAAUUGUGGGCAGGUGGCAUUGUAAACGUUCUCUCUGUUUUCUCACUCGUAGCUAGCCACCACAUGGACGUUUGGCUCUGGCUUUGAUGGCGAGACAGGCAUAGUGUCCAUAAUGACUUGGCUGUUUCUGCGUGUAAAAAACAUUCAAUCAGAUAUGCAAACUACACAACGGCUGUAAAACACGAGUGGCGAGGGAGUAUCCUUGGGGGGCUUUGAUGCCGUGAGAUAGGAUAGAUUGUAUUCUUUCCUGCUCUCCCACGCCACCUUCGUAUCCGGGAAUCUAUCCGUUUGGUUUGGAUCUUGAAUCGUCCUCACCACUGGAGUGACUGAGACCUGGGGGAUGAGUCUAGAUGUUCUGAGUUCAAUUCUGACCCACAGAAGCCCUGAGUGACCUUGGGUAGGUCUUUCCCCCUCUGUAAAAAGGGGCUGAUGAUAUUUAUCCUGCUUCCUGGGGGUGUUGUUAGAAUUAGCCAGUUAAUGUCCCAGCUACGGAAGUGCUGAGCAUUAUCAUUAAAAAGGGGUUGUGCGUGCAGUGAGAAUAGACCCCAAUGUGUUUGACGUGGGCUUUAAUGUGAGGCCACGGGCAGUUCACAGGGGACUGCUUUUAUGUUGUUCAUUUUGUAAAUCAAAGGUGGGAUGGGUAUUGCUGCUGGUCUGCGUCUGGCUGCAGACCCUUUUGUCCUGCACAGGCUCCAUCCUGCAGGUAGGCGGCCAGAAGAUUUGAGCACCUCCCAGACAGUGCCAGGGUUUUCACUUGCCCAUUUGUUCAAGAGCAUUUUGUUUUCCUCCACUUCCACAUUCAGGAACCUCCCCCAUCCUCCAACCCUUAGCUGGCCAGGCAGGGCUGAUAUUACAAUGUGGGAGCGGCAGUCUCUAUCCGACUGUCACAUGUACAGGCCUGUCAAUUCUCUUAUGCUCUGACUGGCGCUGUGUAUUUUGGGUGACGUGACCCGGAGAAGCGAGGUGCAGAAGAGUUGGCUCUCCCUUCUGUCGUCAGCUCUUUCCUAUAAGAGGAGCCAAAAUCCCAAGGUGGUAUCCAGAUUUGCAGCUCUCCUGUGGCAAACCACAACCACUGGCAAUGGCUGCCUUUUUCCUGGAGCUCCCACGCACCUCUGCCAGCGCUCGUAGGAGCCCCUCGUAUUUGCUGAAUGUUAAUCAGAGCAAGGUAGGAGAUGGAGCAUCUCCCUGUAAGUGAGCCACCGUCUGAAGGAUGCUCUCAAGCUAAACCAAUAGCCAAGGCUCAUCCCAGCAAAGCUCUAGUGAUUUGCAGGAACGUGCCUACCCCAGCCCAAACCAGGAAUAGAUUUCCUGGCCCAGAAAGAUGCACUUGCUCGGUGGCACGUCUGGGUUAAGUGCCCCUCUCUGCAGAGUUUGUCCAGAGGAGAGAGCGAGAGUCCACGUUUCCUUCUCUGGGAAGUUAGCAGCAUCUUCUGUCAGCAUCCGUCCCCCACCCUGCUACUGCUGAGCGGGUGCCUGGCUCAGGCCUGCAGGAAGCCUCUUCAGGAGUGCAGGCGAGAUUGCUUACUCUCUGCUGGGACACACAGGAAAGCUGCCCCGUGGCUCUGGGCAUGUGUUUGUGCGUGUGCACGUGUCGCUCCCCCCGGCCAGUGCUGCAGAUUUCCUUCCAUGGAACAUGGCUUUGAUUUCAUCUUGACGGACUCAUAGCAAGAUCUCAGGACAGCUGGCUGGCCUUUAUGGACGGGGAGCUGCAAGGUCCAGCCCAGGCGCUGCACCGUGCUGAAAUCCUCCCAGUCGCAUCAGAUGGUAGAAAGGCCUUUGCAGCCGUUUACAUGGACGGAGUUAAACUGGGGCAGGCGAGGGGUCAUUCAGCUCCUCUAACUGAAUGUCAUGCGCACAAAUACCACGUAGAGGAAGGGCUCCUCCUUUCCAGCGUGGGAUGAGUGAUGUAGACGUGCACGUGGAUCCCAUCCAGUCCCCUGGGAUGAUGUGUUUGGUCUGCCGAGGUUUUAACUUGUUCUAGCUACCGCUCAGCCUGCAGAUUCUUGUAUCAAGAAUGUCUAUGCUGCCAUUUCUAGCCCCUCAAGCCAGAGUCAAUUGACCCAGGCUCGGUGCCUCGGCCCCCCAGUAGACACACCCCACGACACAAAAGGAGACAAUGGCCAAACUUAAAACUAGUCUUUGUAACAAGGAGAAAUACCUGGCUUUAGCGCAGUUGUCUUCCCAGCCCAGAUUAGAAAGAACGGUGAAAGCUCAGGGAACUCGAGUGGCUCUGAAAAUGUCACUCCCAUUUUCGUCUCUCUCAUAAACGCUGGGUUUCUCCAAAGGAGUGUCAAUUCGGGAAUAGUGCUGUGGUUAGAGAGAGAUAGCAAACCUGUUAGUGGAAACAUCCCCUCGGCAGGGCAGAAGGUGUGUUCUCCAAUCAGAUACCCGAUUUUCACCUUCUGUUAAAGACCAAGUGACUGUACCACUUUGGUGUAGAUUUCAGUUUCAAAAUAGUUUAUUUUACAAGCAUAUGUCUCAAUUCUGCAGUCGGAUCCAUACAGAGGGACCCUGCAAUAGCACAAAUCCGUUCAGAAAAUCGGCCCUAAUGAAGGGACAAAUAAUUGAGUACACUGUGGGGCAUGAGGAAGUUGUGAUCGUUGUCUGUGUUGUGAGUCCAUAUGAUUGUUGGUUCCCAGACGCGCUGACUGACCCUUCUUACCCUGCCCCUGCACCGUAUUUCAUUGUGGUCCGGGGUAGUGUGUUUUUGAGCUAGACAAAUGCAGUGAAUUGAAUAGAAUCUAAGCGAAAAUCCAUCAGCUGCUCUGAGUUUAAGAGCGAGGAGGGCUCCAUGGGAAGUGAAUUUUAGAGCGCACUGGGGUUCUUCAGUGCUUGUGUCACAUCCUAAAUGGAUCCGUGCGAACAGGGGCAUGGUCCCAGUGCUGUGGUUGCCACAUACAGACUCCUCCUUGGAAGAAGAGGCAGUUCCUGGUGAUUAAGCAAGGGCUAGGCAGACACAUCUGCAGCCUUUAUAAA